CUGGGCCGAGCCACGUGGCGCUUUCUGCACACCAUGACCUUGCGGUUUCCCGAGUCUCCCACGCCUGCCGAACGCCAGGCGCUGGCCGACUUUAUGCAUCUCUUCGCGAGGCUCUACCCCUGCGGCGAAUGUGCGGCGCACUUUCAGGCACUCCUCGUCGAGCUGCCGCCACAGACGAGCUCGAGAAAGACGGCGAGUUUGUGGCUGUGUACCGCGCACAAUCGCGUCAAUAGGCGAUUGGGAAAGGAGGAGUUUCCGUGC